AUGACCGUCGACACGGCUGCGACCAGCACCAUCUUCGACUUCGACGAGCUUGAGAAGGCAUACGCGAAGAUCGAUGUCGCUGUCGCAGGUGCUCCGCUGGAGGACCUGGCGGACCUAGACGAGGCGCCCACUUCCGACGCCGAUGGCCUGGACUCGCUGUCCGAGAUCUGGCCAGGCGAUUUGCCGAAUGUGGAGCUGGAGGACGAUGAUCUCCCCGAGUUGGUUCCAGGUCCGGAGUACCGGCCUGGGGUCUGGGAGGUGUGCGUCCUCCGCCUCAUUGUGCGGAAGGAGCCGAGUGUGGACGCAGGGGUAAAAGGUCUCUGCCAUGAGAAGGAGCUCCUCUUCGAAGAGUUGGGCAGUCCGGAGAACGACUGGAUAUGCCUGGAACGUGAACGAGGAUUCGUGUUGAAGGAUGGCAGCAUGAAAGACCCGAAACUGGGCAUGCUGGUGCGGCCGUUCCACCUCAGCAGUGUACCCGUGGACCAAAGUGAAAGUGUUUUGUCCCUUCUGCGGACGACGUGGCGCAGCGUGCGGGAGCAGAACGGAAGUCUUUUGCGCCCGCAGCUUGUUGCAAAGCUGCGCCGGGCAGAAGAGGAUGCGGUCUCCGCCGCCAAGUUGAGUCCUUCGUUGGCAGCUUUCGACUUCGAAACCUUCCAAGCUGAGUACCAAAGAGGAGUGAACACGCUCCUCUCAGAGCAGGGUUUCCUGGCACAGGCCAGGCUGUUGAUGCAGAAAGCCGUCGCCGUGGGGAACCAGAGCGCAGGCAAGCUGCGCUACGCGCCCCCUGAGCGAACGAAGGGCGACAUGGACCAGGCUUCUGUGUCGGCUCUGAUCGCGGCGAUGCGGGCACGGACGCUGCCAAGCCAGGAGGACGCUCUUCAAACGGUUACUGCUGCAGCGCGCCUCCUCGACCAGCAGCCCACGCUGGUGAGGUUGCAGCUGCCUCCUGGAGCCACGGUGCACGUGGUGGGAGACGUCCAUGGCCAGUUCUGGGAUUUGCUCCACAUCUUGGAGCUCUGCGGAGAGCCGUCCUUGCAGAACCAGUACCUCUUCAAUGGGGACUUCGUGGACCGCGGACAGUUUUCCGUUGAGGUGGCUUUGCUGCUGCUCGCGAUGAAGGUCGCGGCACCCAAAGCCGUGCACCUGAACCGAGGGAACCACGAGGCUGUCCGGAUGAACUCGCUGUAUGGCUUCAUGCAGGAGACCGAGCAGAAGUACAGCAACGAACUGUUUCGCCAGUUUGCGGAAGCUUUCCGAAAUCUGCCGCUGGCAACCCUUAUUAGCGACUCCGUUUUCGUGGUCCAUGGUGGCUUGAGCUCGAAGGACGGCGUGCGCCUCUCCGAGAUCGCCGCACUGGACCGCAAGCGGGAGCCCGACGAGAUUGCCGACCAGCUGAUGCUGGACUUGCUCUGGUCUGACCCCAUGGAGCGCGAUGGCUACGCUCAGUCACCCCGAGGCGGCGGCAUCCUUUUCGGACCCGAUGUCACGGCGCGCUUUUGCGAGCAGAACGGCCUCUCGUGCGUCAUCCGGUCGCACGAGAUGAAGUCGGAGGGCUACGAAUGGCAGCGGAUGCGCCGAUGCCUCACCAUCUUCUCUGCCCCGAACUACUGCGACAUGUGCGGAAAUCUUGGAGCAGUCUGCGACAUCCAGGCAAAGCCUGGACGGAAGCGCAUCGCGGUGGACGAUCUCAACGUCCGCACUUUCGAAUUCUCGCCGCACCCGGAGGAGCCACACACGUCCAACCUCAUGUUCCGGCCGUUCUGCUGA